AUGAAGGACGGCCACAGCCGCGAUCGAGGACGUUCGCACCGACGGAUCCCCAUGGAGUUCAACAUCUUCAACUCUGGGAUCGCCGAGACCGCCGACAAGCCGCUGUUCUGCCUGAGCAACGACGAAGAGCCCUCGGACAACCACCUGGGCAUCAACCUUCACGCGGGCCCCUUUGACGUGCACCCCAAGAUCGCCAACCUCACGCACCGCACCGUGGUGCGGACCGGCUGGGAGACAAUGAAGACGAUGGACGUCGUCCUCUUCGAGACGGCGACGACGACGACGACGACUACGACAGACAAAGGGGAGCCCGCCAAGGUCGUCCUCGAGCAACAGAUACCCUGGGGCCCGCUCGGCCGGCUGCUCCGGUGGCGAAGCGCCGCCGCCGCCGUCCGGUGGGUGUUCACCAUGCAGAUCCCGCGCCGGGAGGGGUUGGCCGACGUCGACUUCGAGUGGCGACACAGCCGGGGGCUCACGAUCCGGCGGCUCCGGGGCGCGGACGGGUGGAUGCUAUGGCGGAAGCGGACGGCAGACGAGGUGCGGAGGACGGGCGACGGAGGCGACGAGCUUGUGGCUCUGGUGUCACGCAGCGGCUCGCGGCCGCACCUGGGCACGCGUUUCGCGUUCGCCAACGCAGCGGCACGCGGCGAGCUCGGCGACGGCUUCUCGGUGGUGGCGCUCAUGUCGGGCAUCGGCGUGAUGCUGGCGCAGAAAAGGUCGCUGGGGGACACGGUCGACGCGCUGGAGGCUAGAGUGUAUCAACAAAAGUCAUUAUUACAAAAUGAUGCUUUACGAAUGCUGUCUUUGCUUCCACAGGCCGAUACGUCGCGCAAGAAAGAGCCUGCGAAUCGGUUCAUUUCGCGAUCGGAACACACUGAUACGCCAAAUGGUUUGCGUGUGUAA